AUGCAACCUACUUUGCUAGAACUUAAAUCACCAAUAACAAUUUGUGGUGAUAUUCAUGGACAAUUUAAAGAUUUAUUAGCACUUUUUAAUUUGUAUGGUUUUCCACCUAAUCGACAAUAUCUUUUUCUUGGUGAUUAUGUUGAUCGUGGUCCAUUUUCUAUUGAAGUUGUAACACUUUUAUUUGCUUAUAAGAUACUUUAUCCACGUGACAUAUACCUUUUACGUGGAAAUCAUGAAUCACGUUACGUUAAUCUUAGAUACGGAUUCUAUGACGAAUGUGUAUUAAGGUUUUAUAAAAUUUUUAUUUCAUAUUUUCAAUAUCUUCCAUAUAACUUUAAUAUUAGAGCAAAAUUUUAA